ACUGAGCUAGGCCUCAUAACAUGAUUAAACAGUGCAAAAUUUUGUCUUAUUAUUUUUUUCCUUAAAAGCUCCAAUCUCUACCAUAAAUCUUUCUAAUUCGCCUUGUCUUUCUCAAAAUUUUUGCCCCAAAAUUCUCCGGUUCAGCUUAAAAUUCCACCCCAAUUACUAAAUUAAGUUGAAUUAUAAUAACUAAUGCACAGAGACCAAGGUACACACCCCAAGAACCCAAUGAUUUCAGCUCUCAGAAGGGCAUCACCAUCAAUCCCACUGCUAAUGGACUCGGCCCAAACCUCGUUGCGGGGCCCACAGCGCCUCACCGCCUUAGCCCAUCAGCUCCGCCUCUACAAGCCCCCGCCGACACCUCUCGACGAUGACGCCAACGAUGAAGCCGCCGGCAAGGUCGUCUCCCAGCUCGGCUUCGUCGAAUCGGCGGCUCCGAUCACGCGCGACCCGCAGAAGUUCAGACCGAAGAGAGCCGCCGUCUUGAUCUGCCUCUUCGAAGGCGACGCCGGCGAUCUGCGCGUGAUCCUCACGAAGCGGUCGUCGAGUCUCUCCUCUCACUCCGGUGAAGUUGCGUUGCCGGGUGGGAAAGCAGAGGAAGGGGAUAAGGAUGAUGGGGACACAGCUACCAGAGAGGCGAAGGAGGAAAUUGGUUUGGAUCCUUCGCUUGUCAAUGUUGUGUCUGUUCUUGAGCCAUUUUUGUCCAAGCACCUUCUCAGAGUUGUUCCAGUCGUUGGCAUACUUACUGAGAAGGAAGCCUUCAAGCCUGCUCCAAAUCCCGCCGAAGUGGAAACUGUAUUUGAUGCUCCAUUGGAGAUGUUUAUCAAGGAUGAAAACCGAAGGGCGGAAGAGAUUGUGUGGUUGGGGAACAAGUAUCUCAUUCACUUCUUUGACUAUGAAACCGAGAACAAGAAGUUCUUGAUAUGGGGUUUAACUGCUGGGAUCUUGAUUAGGGCUGCAUCGGUGGUAUACCAACGGCAGCCGCCUUUUCUGGAGCAGUAUCCCAUUUUUAAGGUUCCUAGAACUGUAAACAAGGAUACUACAUUGCCUUGAAUUCAACGGAAAUUUCUUUGGAUUGUAAUGAUAUUUUUGACCUAAUUGAAAUAGUGUUCUUUUCCUUGGGAGUUAAUGCUAUGUUUGGUAGGAAGGAAAGAAAAUAGGAUAGA